CCCGCGCUGGAGGAGUCCAGCUGGGCCGCAGCUCCGGCAUGGCCGGCGCGGCCACCGCGCUGCUGCGGCCGGCGCUGCUGGUGCUGCUGCUGGCCUCCGGCCGGCCCGCUCUCGCAGUAUCAUUUUAUGGUAGUAGCUUUGUGGAGCUGAACAUGGCAGAGGCAUCCCAUCAGACAUCCUUACAGUUGCAGUUUCAAACAAGCCAGCCACAGGGACUCCUUCUUCUUGCAGCUGGGAAGACCGAUUAUUGUUUAAUGGAGCUGCGCUCAGGAUAUGUACAGUUGAGAAUUAACUUUGGUGCGGGAGAACGAGUACUGCAUUCUCAGCAAAGAUCUCAGCUGAAUGAUUUGGCUUGGCACGUGGUUGAACUACAUCAUGAACAUGAUAAUGUCACAUUGGUAAUUGAUAAACAUGAUAGAACUAGUGUAAAAAUGCCCGGAAUUCUUUAUGAAUUAAACAUUGAUUAUGGAUUCUACAUAGGUGGUCCUGGUAAACUUGAUGUUCCCUACCUUGCUGGAGCACUACCCAGUUUCCGAGGAUGUAUUGAUGGUGUGUCAUUCAAUCAGUUAGACAUUCUGAUGCCUCUGAGACCUUCUCCUGGCUUCAAAAACAUCCAUGAAGUUUCAGUGGGGUGCAGUGAUGAAUUCUUUGCAGGUGAAGAAGAACCUAUUAGUUUCUUCAGUUCCAGGUCCUAUAUUUCUUUCCCAUCAUGGAAUGUGGACAACGAGGGAAUCUUCGAGUAUGCUUUACAAACCUCAGCUGCACGUGGCUUGCUGCUUUACCAGCCUGGGCAAGCAGGAGAUUUCAUUGCAAUGGAAAUGGAAGAUGGUUUAAUUAAAGCUUAUGUUGGAAAACAUGGUAGUAGAACCCAUCUUUCUUCUUAUAGGUCAGUCAAUGAUAGUUGUUGGCACUACAUCAAACUGAAAUUUACUGCAGAAUAUUUGCAGCUAACAUUGGAUGAAGAAACUGUGAAAAAGUCUUUACGUCCCCAGAGCAAGCUGCCCCUUCUGAAGGGAUCCUUCUUUGUAGGUGGUGUAGAUGACAGCAUACGAUCAGAAGCGAUGAAGUUAAUCUCAGUAUCUGGGAAGUACACCAGAGGAGGAUCCUUCAAAGGCUGCUUAAGGAACCUGAAAGCCAACUCAGAAAAGAAAUCACUGAAGAAUGUUCUAGUAACUAAGGACAUUUCAGCUGGAUGUGAACUGCCAAGUUCUUUUAAAGCAAAUCUUUUGUUAGAGACGGCUGAAAAGAACCCUCCUGUGAAAGCAGCUCCUGUAUUUGCCAUUUCCCAUGAAAACUCAAUUUCUCUGGGCAAGGAAGACAAAAGCCACCUUUUAGUUCUGAGUAACUUGAUUGUGCUAGAGGGUGAAAAAGCUUCACUUGAAUCUAAGCAUAUUAAAAUUAACUUAGACUUUCAGAAAUUAGGAAUUAAUCAGUCACAAAUUCUUUUUGAUAUAAAGAAACCACCCUCUCAUGGACACUUGAAACUGAAUGUUGAACCAUUGCAGGAGGUAAAUACAUUUACUAUGCAGGAUGUGUGGCAAGGGAAGAUUCUGUAUGUUCAUGAUGGCUCUGAGGACACUUCUGAUUAUUUUAAUUUCUCCAUUUCUGCCAGCAGUGAGAAGACUGUGCCUCCAUAUUUGCAAGGAAAUGAGCAGCAUAUGUUUAGCAUUACUGUUACUCCAGUAAAUGAUGCACCUGAGAUCAUACUUCCUGAGGGAAACUUGCUUCUUCUCUUAGAGAACUCAAAGAAACGUUUGACUAAUGACCUGAUAAAGGUUCUAGAUGAAGAUACCGAUUCUGUGGGUCUCAGACUUUCAGUGCUUGGAAAUCUGAAUGCAGAUGCAGGAUUUUUAGAAAAUUCAAGGCAUCCUGGAAAAGCUAUCACUACUUUUUCUAAUGAGGAUUUAGACAAAGGCACUGUUUUCUUUGUCCACACAGGUGUCAGGAACUCAAGGAUAGUUCUCAGGGCAAGUGAUGGUGAGAAGGUGAGCAACACCGUCGUGUUACGUGUCAUGGCAGUUCCUUUGGAUUACAGAGUUGUCAACAACACAGGAAUAAAUCUCCUCCAAGGUUUUACAGCUCUUAUAGGACCUAGGCAUCUUGCAGUUGAAACAAAUGCUGUCCUCCAGGAACUGGAGAUAUGGUAUGAGAUCACAGAGCCACCUCACUUUGGUCAGGUCCAAAGGCAGCGUUCAAGGGGGUUAUGGAAGCAAGUCAGCUCUUUUUCUCAGCACUCUCUUCAGCACAAUCGGGUGAGAUACUGUAGCACUUUUAAAGACGUUCAGCUGGAAAACAUUACCGACCAAUUUAAGUUCAAAGUUAGCGUAGGAAACAAAAUCAGUGAAGAGCACACAUUUCCAAUCAGAGUGAAAUGGUUAAGAUACGAUCUGUUGAAACAUGCUCCUCUAGAAAUUGAAAAACCAAAAAAGAAGUACUUGAAUUCUGAUAAUCUGUUUGCUGUGAUUGCAGAUCUAGAAAUACCUGAAGAUGAGCUUCAUUUCAAACUUCUGUCCCUACCAAAGAAUGGACAGAUACUGCUUAAUGACCAGCCUUUGAAAGAAGGUUCAGUCUUUAGCCAAAAAGAUAUUACUGAUCAAAAAGUGGCAUAUGAAUUAAUCAGCCAGUACCAUGAAGGCUAUGAUUCAUUUAGAUUUCUCAUUUCUACAACGUAUCUGGAUUCAAAUUUCUAUGACUUUGAAGUCUACAUCAAAUCAGAUUUCAGAAACAUUAUUUUGACUAACAAUGGCCUUAAUGUUGUUGAAGGGGAAGGAGAAUUAAUAACAAGCACAAAACUGUUUGUGCAAACACUAGAUAAUAAAACUUUCCAAUAUGAAGUUAUACAGUUUCCUAAGCAUGGGAAAUUAAAACUUACUAAUUUUUCUGGUUCAUUCGAGAAUAAUGACAAUCUUACAACUUUCACUAAUAAAGAUAUAACUGAUAAGUGCCUUAUAUAUGUGCAUGAUGAUUCUGAGACCAUGUUUGAUGAACUUCUUGUCAGAGCUUCCAGCAAAGAGUCAGGAAAGGGGGCAAACUUUGAUCCAGAAGUAGAGCCUUUGUCAGUAGAAGUCAGAUUCUAUAUUUCCGUCCAGCUGAAGAAUGAUGAGAAGCCAGUUCGUGUAGUUGAUAAGAUAUUUGACGUAGUGAGAAAUGGGCAGCGAUUAUUAACUUUGGCAGAUCUUUGCUAUCGUGAUCCUGAUUCUGAUUUUGAUGAUGGACAGUUGCUAUAUACUAGACGUGGUAUUUCCAAUGGGGACUUGGUGCUAACAAAUGAUACUUUGCAUAGACUCUACCAAUUCAAACAAGUGGACCUGGAACAAAAGCAAGUCCUGUUUAUACACCAUGGUGCAGAUUUUGGGCGUUUUGUGCUUUUUGUGACAGAUGGCAAGCACUAUACUUCUGUGCUUCUGGAAGUUAAUGCCACCGAUCCUUAUGUAAAGUUGGUAAAUAAUACAGGAUUGUUAGUUCAAAAAGGGAAAGAAGAAACUGUUUCAACAGCUAACCUCAGUGCUACUACAAACCAAGACAUAAGAAAUGAUCAUGAGCUUACAUACAAGAUACUCUCUUUCCCAAAGUACGGAAGAAUAUAUGUGAAUAAUGUGUUAAAGGAUUCCUUUACUCAGCUUGAUCUGAUAAAGGGACGUGUGACCUACAGACAUGAUGACAGCAACAACCUUAUUGACUCCUUUAACUUUACAGUCUAUGCUGGAGAUGUCCAUCUGGCUGCUGGACUGCGGGUUCGUGUGUACUUGGAAAGUCAUCAGCAGCCACCAAGGAUUGUGAACAUAAACAAUCUCUUGGUUGAAGAAGGAAAACCAGUUAAAAUCAGUAAAGGAAAAUUGCAAGUUGUUCAUGAAAAUAGUCCUCCAUCUGAGAUUGUGUUCACAGUAAGACAGCUUCCAGUGCAUGGAUACAUUCGGAAGUUUUCCUCGGAAGAAAGUUAUCUCAGUUCUGACCAAAGGCCAGCUUUGAGCUUCACACAGCAAGAUGUCGACGAGGGCAAAGUUCAGUAUGUGCAGACAGUUUCUAACCAACUUCAUGACCAUUUUUUUCUGGAUGUGACCAAUGGUGUCAGAACAGUGAGUGGAAUAGAGAUCUCUGUAGACAUCAUCCCCAGAAUGAUUCCACUGGAAGUACAGAACUUUACUGUAUUUGAAGGGGGCUCAAAAGCCCUGGUGGAAGACUAUCUAAAAAUUUCUAGUAGACACUUCGCAGGACUCAGCUGUGAAUUUAUUUUAACUGACCAGCCAAAACAUGGGUAUGUUGAAAACUCUCGUGUCCCUGGAAUAAAGUUAGCCACAUUUACCAGAAAACAGGUGGAACAAGAAUUAAUCUAUUAUGUUCAUGAUGACAGUGAAGAACUGAUGGACAGUUUUACUGUGAUAGUUAAUAACACGGAAUUAUGGAAACAGAGUUUACCCCGAACUGUGUUUGUGACUGUUACUGCAGUAAAUGAUGAGGCUCCUGUUGUAAAAGUAAACAGAAUUCUUCAGGUCUGGGUGGGUUCAGUCACAGAAAUAACUGUUGAUGACCUCUGUGCAGAAGACAAGGACUCCUCACCAUCAGAACUGGUGUAUUCUAUUACUCCACCUAGCAAUGGACACUUGGCUCUGAAGUCUUCUCCAAACAAGAGCAUCCUAGCUUUUACCCAGACUCACAUAAUGAAAGGGCAGCUGGUAUUUGUACACAAUGGAGCAAUGUCUGGAGGCUUCAACUUUCAGGUGACAGAUGGUUUGAACUUUGCACCCCGACAGAUUUUUAGCAUCACAGCUCAGAUGCUGGUCAUUAGCCUUGAAGUGAACAAAGGGCUCGGAGUCUUUCCAGGUUCCAGGAAACCUAUUUCACAGCAUGAUCUGAAAGCUGUAACCAAUGAUGUGACCAGUGCAGGAAACAGAACUAUAACUUUUGUGAUUGUAACUUCCCCAAAACUUGGAAGGCUGAUCAGAGUAGAUUCUGAUGAUACCACUCAGGAAAUCUUCAGUUUUACACAGUCUAUGGUUGAUGAAGGUGUGAUCAUGUAUGAACACUUACAUGCUGAGUCAGCUACCUGGAGUGCAGAAGAUUUCUUUACAUUUACUGUAUCCUCUCCACCAUCUGCUCUGGAUGUCCAGAGGUUCCAUGUUGUCAUUUCAUAUGAAAUUGACAGGCAUGAUCAGAAUAGUCAUCUUCUAGCAAAUACAGGUGCCAUAGUCCAGGAAGGAGGUAGAGUAGUAAUCAACAAAACCAACCUAGAUGCUUCAAACCUAUUGAUUAAGCUACCUGAUGUACACCGCUCCAUGUAUGAAGUCUGGUAUCAGGUUGUGUCUUUACCCCAACAUGGCAUGAUUGUUGUUGGAGAACGAAACGUUACCAAAGAAAAGCCUAACUUCUCCCAAUACGUACUGGACAAAUUUGGAAUUAUGUACAUACAUGAUAAUUCUGAAUCUCUAUAUGACAAUUUCACUUUUGCUGUUUGGUUGAACCUGAAGAGCAAGCCUGCUACAAAGCCCCAUAGUGAAGUUGUAGAGGAGAUGUUUAAUAUCACUGUUUUCCCAGUGAAUGACCAAUCUCCAGAACUGAAGACUAAAAGACUGCACUUGAAAGUCCUGCAGGGAGAUGUGUCAGUGCUGGGGGCAGAGAAUCUGAAAGUUGAAGACUUAGAUAAUGCUCCAGCUGAGCUGAAAUACACCAUUGUUAGCAACCCCAAUAAUGGUUACUUAGCAAUGAAAAGCAAUCUCAGUGUCUCUAUAGAAGAUUUCACACAAGCUGAUGUUGACAGUGGUAAAGUGUGGUUUGUACAGGAUGGAAGUUCGUCUUCUGGGGUGUUUUAUUUCAGUGUGACUGAUGGUAAACAUCGCCCUUUAUACAAACUGUUCAGUAUUGAAGUUGUACCAAUCGCUCUCGUCCUUGUCAACCUUACCAAUGUUGUACUGCCACAGGGCCAGACAUCAGUCACUAUUACUGACAUGCAGCUUUCGGCUGUCACAAAUGGAAAAAGCACUAAAAUUAUAUAUGAAAUAACUCAGCCACUCAAAUAUGGGCACCUCAUGAUUGGAAAUAAGCAGGUUACUAAAUUUGAGCAGGCAGAUUUGUACUCAGGAAGGCUCUCUUACCACCUCACAAAUCUUACUGCUUCCAGUGAUGUACUGGAGUUUAUGCUUUUUACUGCAGAAGGCAAUCUAACAGGACAAGUGCUGAACAUCACAGCGAAGCCUUUAGUGCAAAUUGUAUCUGACCUGCAGAUUUCAAAUCAAGCAGCUUAUAAAUUUGGAAGCAGUGACCUGGAUGCUUCUGAGCUAGCCAAUUUGACAAACAGCAAUCCUAGAUUUGAAGUGAUGGUGCCCCCCUCUCAUGGGAGGAUUGUUAAGAAAAGGUUUGUGAAUGAUGCAGUGUUUGAGGAUAUUCAGACGUUCACCCAGGCUGACAUUGAUAGUGGUGUUUUGCUUCUAGACAUAGACACAAAUAUGACAGGCAUCAAUCUGUUGAAUGACUCAUUUACAUUUAUACUCAGGGCAGAUGCUGUACAGCCUGCUGUUGGCUGUUUUCAGUAUUCCAUUGUGCCACACAGUCCUCCACUUGUGCAGGGUUUUACAGCAGAAGUGCUUUUUCUAACCAGCAUGACCACUUUCAAGGCUCACUCUACCUCAAAGGACGAGGCACUAGUCUCCUCACAGAAUGAAGAGCCUACAAUAGCACCACAGAAGACUGAACCAACCAUGUGGCCAGGGCAGAAUCAUUGGGGAAACCUACAUGAGGAAGAUCCAUUGCUAAAUCAGGCCAUGGGAACAAGUGCAUCUGUCGAGUUGAAGAUGACAAACCAGGUUAAUGUCAGGAGUCACAGAGAGCAAACAGGUGAAAGCAGCCCUUGGUAUAUUAUUAUCCCCCUUGUCCUGGUGUCUGUCCUACUCAUUAUUGCUGUUACUUCUGUGUGCAUUUUGUUAAUGUGUCAGAAGAAAGAGAAGACAAAACCUUUAGUCAAAAGUCAAACAGAUGCAAUCCUCAGUAGUGCAGAUCGAUGUCUGGAACGGAGUUUGACUGUGCCCUCUGUCACAGUGACUCCUCUUCUGAAGGGGGCUGAGAGAAGUACAGCCUCUACAUUUGUGGCAGUAAAACAUGAGCAGCUGCUUCCUACAGUGGCUUCUCCAGCUACAGAAAGGUAUCUGAAAAACAGUUUAUUAAAUCUUGAUCCUGAAAUGAUCCAAUAUUGUCGAAAAACAAACCCAGCUUUGAAGCACAAUCAGUACUGGGUAUAGUCAGACCAGGUUUGGUCAUGUUAAUUGAUGUCAUAUGGAAAAGUGAAUAUAUAUUGUUGACAUAUAAUUUGCUGUUUAUUACACUCAUUUAUUAUAGGUUAAAUGAUACACUGUGUGUUAGAUGAUAUCUAAAUACCUGUGAAACUGUGAAAUAAUAAUAACAACAAAAAUCCUACUGAUUACAGUGGCCAUGACAGAAGAUUUGCAGUUGGUAUGUCAGCAAAAUUCUCACUUAAUUUAAUGGGGAAUUUGGCCUUGUGGAUUUUAAGUGCACCCCAUGUAUGCAGUAUUUUUUAUUUCCCAUGAAAGGUAAAAUAGAAUGUUCUGUCAUGGAUUAUAUAUUUUUAUUGAAUUGUUGGGCUUUUCUUUAACUGAUUUUGCUAUAAAGGUCUUUUAUUCCUUCUGAAUCACUACUUCUCUUUGAAGACCUUCAAAUUGUUUCAAUAAGUAAUUUUUCCAUAAUGCUAAUUUCAAUAAUUUCAGUAAUUUUAACCUGAAGGCUGUUCAGAGGCCAGUAGUAAAGAAACAAAACUGCAUAUUUUGACAGGUCACUAAACUUGAUAUCCAGAAUUCAAUUCAGCAACAACAGUACAGCAGUGAAUAAGGAUUCUGGUGGAAUACUGUGAGAUAUUGUUGGGUUUUGUUUUGGUUUAUUUUUUCCUGAUUUUGUACUGAACUUUAGUGUCUGAAAACUGCUAAAAUAUAUCCUUUAACUCUACCCCACAUGGCAAAGAUUGAGUAUCUGUCAGUCAGCCUGUCUGCUCAAUUACCUUUAGGCUUAGAUUAUACCUGGAUGUGCAUAAAAUUUCCUGCUUCUGAGAAAGGGGUAAAUUCUGCUUCCAGUGAAGCAAACACAGCCUUCUCUGGAAUCUGUGUACUCAAGCAGAUGGCAGUAGAAUCAAGGCCUGGGCUGCAUACUGUCUUGGAUCCUGAAGCUAUUGACAGAAGCAAUCCUGCAAGGUAGCAUGUAUCCUCUUUGGAAGUUUCACAGUUUACCCCUCAUGUUCCAGAACACUGAACAAAUAUGCCUUAUGCACUGCUGCCAAGUACUCUGUACUCCAACUUUGCUCUGGUGAUAAAGUGUGCAAUAAUUUCUGUGCAAAGGGAAUAUUUCACUCUUUUUGAAAAUCCAAGCUCAGUAGUGAUGUGCAGUCUCUAGUUAAGGCCCAAUUUUAUUUCCACUGAGAAAAAAUAGUAUAAUUUCUGUUGACUACAAAGAAUGAACUGACUUUAAGGGAAUGGCACUGUGAUAAUAACCAGUCUCUUAUUAACAAUCUCUUAUGAACUUCUCAUCUACUUUUCACCUUUAAAUUGCUACGGGUUCCAUCCAGCAUCUUUGUAAAAACUCUGUUCUCAGCAGUCUCAGCACUGCACCCAGUCAGUAAACACUGGACUAUCAUUUUUAUUUAGGCCUAAUUUUAUAUACCGUUUUCACUUUUAUAGAAUGGAUUUGCUGACCUCAAGAUCCUUGGUGCUGUUCAUGUCAUACUACUUUGUUUUAAAUGCUGUUUAAAAUUUUUGAUUAUUAAGUGUUUCUGUCAUUUAUAGAUUCUAGUUAUGGGAAAUUUCACCCACAAGGUGGGCCAGAUGUAAAGUGUGCUUACUGCUGUGUUCUGGGAGCUGAGCACAGGAGCAGUGGGGGUAGUGCUCACCUCUUCCACCUCUGCCAUGGGCAGACAUGAUUGUGGUGCAUUUUUAGAGGCCACUCCAAGAAGAGUAGUGCAUGUCAGUGGAAAGUAUACAAGCCAUGUCUUCAGCUGAUCAGUAGAGUAUUAGAGUACUUGGGACUAAAGGUAUGAACCCUUCAUAAGCUGAAACUAAAUGUGUUAGAACCUUGUUACACAGUUUUUAACAUUUGUCAUUACUCCAUCUUCCCUGAUGCCAGUGUGGAGUUCAAGCCUGUGAUCAGUGUGAAGGGCUGUGGGUGUUUGGUGUCGCAGCUGGAUCUCGCUGUAGAUCUGUGUGGUGGACCUUUUCUGCUUUCCCAGAGGAGGUCUCUGGGACUGUUCUGAGCAGCUCUCAGCCAGAGGUGGUGUUGCCAACCACCACAGGGACACCCCUGCGCCCUCUGUGGAGGUACAGCUGUAUGUCUCUUGCCAUUUCCUGGGACCCCUCCUACCAACACUGAGCAGACACCAGCUUCCUCCAGAUCCCAGCUGUCAGGUGCAGCCUGCCUCCAAUGCCUUCUGGACAGUAGCAGCAACCUGAUCCCUUUACACUUUCUCCAGGACACACUCCAAAGAGGACUAAAGAGCUUUAAUCUCAGCACUUUUGUAACCCGUGAAGAAGCCUGCUUCGCAUUUUUCUAGCUCUGGGACCUUCCUGUCAAGAGCAAAACACACCUCAUGCUCCAAAUCCUUUCAAGCAGUGCACCUACACUUUGAUACCAAAAUAGUGCACUGCUGAAAACUCCUGAAGUCUGGUGACAAAAUCCACACUGUCAGCUUGUGACAGGGUGAACAAAUAUACAGAAAUUAAAUGUGUACUUUAUGAGAUUUUGAUAAGUGUACCAGUGUAAAGAUAGCUGUGCCUUAAUUUGUGGUGUUUAGUGUGUGGUGGAGAUGGAACAUAAGGCUGAUGUAGUGCUGGUGAUGUAAAAAAUGAGACUGUGACAUAAUAAUCAAAAAAACUGUCAUUCAGUUAUAACUCUGCAAUUCAAUGGGCAUUCUUGAGUUCGAGCAUUUGCAUGGUAGGAGAGAAAAGCACUGUAUAAGAACAUCAAAAAAGGUGGUGGAAUUUGUGCUGGCUCUUUUGGCUUUAGCAUAAGGGGCUAAAAUCUUGCUCUGUUUCCAAAAUAGUUUUAGUUGACAAGAGAUGUUCAUUUCCAGUAGAUUAGCCAUUAUGGGAUUAUAUCUUGUGCAUUUUUCUCAAUUUUUAAAGCAUUGAGGUAUUCUUUUUCAGCUUUGCUUUUGUUUUUAUAGUUAAAAUCAGCCUAAAUACCUAAUUAAUCAGGGAAGUGUGCCAGCAUUCAGUUUUCUUCCUCAGUUUUUGCUGCUGUGAGACAACUGUGCCAAAGUGCCUGCCAUAAUAUGGAAUGUUUUGAUGACAACUUUUUAUGAAUGUAAGUUUAUUGUUAAUCAUGAUUACUUGGUUUAAUGCAAAAUGCAGAGACAAUAGUGUAACUGAUAACUGCAUAAGAAUUUAGCUUUAAAAUCCCAUCCUGAAUCCUAGGUAAAAAAAUCCCAAAAUUAAGAACUCUGAUUAUGUUACACUUUCCCUGUGGACAGUGCAGAAUAGUCUUUGGCAGAGGAUGGUUUAUCUUGUUCAUACAUGGAUAUGUAAUAUAGAUAAAUUUGCUCUGGCUUAGCUAGUCUAGGUUUGAGAUGGUAAAAACUAGCUGGGAUGAGUCCCAUACUGGGUUUCCUAAACUAUAGUCAAUCUAAAAAAUACAAAAAAACCCUACCCCCCUUUGUGGUUAUGGAUCCUUUUGAGAUUCUAGGAACACACAUAUUUUCUGGUCAGAAUCUGGGUUGAAUAUUUUGGUUGUUUCCCUUGCCCUUGAAAUUGUGUGGGUUUUUUAGUGGAGAUGGGGUUUCUGAAGGAUUCCCCUUUUUACCAAAAGGAUGUUAUAAACUGCAACAUGAAAAUACCUUGAAAACAUAUAUUAAAUCAAUAAACUUUUUGUUUAUAA